UUAUUUAUAUAUGCUUAUGGUUUGCACUAGAUAUUGGCGACAUUUACAGAGAAUCUCUAAAAGCAUCUGAAGAAUAUGAAGCUUGUUUAACUACUACUAUAUAUGGUAGUACUUAUUUGGACCCAGAAAAAUGUAAAGCUAGAGGUUUUGAUCCAAUCAAAGCACUUGAGGAAGAGGAAGAAAGAAUCAAGUUGUCCGGGGAAUGGAUUGAAAGAACAGCAGACGAGAAAGGAUUUCGCGCUAUGUUCCAAGAAUUUAUUGCUAAUGCCCCGUCUGAAUAUGUAAAUAAAGAUCUGAAAUUUCCGAAUUGCUUUGAUUACUUGGAUGACUUCCCAAAGAAAGAAAAUAAAGGAAAUAAGAAUUAUAAAAAGCUAUCAAAAAAGAAAAUUCGUUCUUUACUGGUCAAAGCUUCAUAUCUUGUGGAUCAUAAAAUCAAACUUGAAGAUAAACUCUAUGUCAAGGUCGUUGCCGUAAAGAUGAAUAACGACGGUGUUUUUUUAGAGGUGGAGGAAAAAGCGGGGAAUGAAUUGGAAUAUUAUGAAAUUACGUAUCAGCAAGAUAUGAGAACGAUCUAUAAUACUUUGGAUUUGGGUACCAGUCAAAUUCGAAAUAGCAUCCGCACUAUAUGA